AUGGAGAACGCAGUUCACAGAGUUGAACCAAAAGGCGCACGGGAAAGUCGCACAGCUCAUCAGAAACCCCGAUCUCCUCGUAAGGAAACGACCGAUUGGGUCAACAGCCAGCCUCCUCCACCUGCGAUCUCUCGACUGUCUUCUCCACAGGCAAUAUCACACCUCCCUCAUCACACAUCGCUUGCUCCACGCGGUACACUCCAAGUACGGAACAGCUCGAAUGUAUCUUCACAACACACGAAGCCAGAAGACAAAAGAGUGUCAGAAAUAUCUAACGAAGCUACGAAGGGCGCGAACAGAGACAGCCAGAUAUCGACAUCCUCAACGAAUACGUCUGGCAAGCCACGAACCAAGAAGUCCGUCGGACCAUGGAGAUUAGGAGCAACAAUUGGCAAGGGCGCAACGGGCAGAGUGCGAAAGGCUAGGCAUCAACUCUCAGGGCAAGAUGCAGCCGUCAAAAUUAUCAGCAAGAAGAGUGCAGAGAUGCUCAAAAGUGCGAGUAUCAUGGCCAUGGAUACUGUUACUUCGAGGACACAGAACACGCACGGGAGGAAAUUGAUUCCAUUUGGUAUUGAAAGAGAAUGCGUGAUCAUGAAAUUGAUUGAUCACCCAAAUAUCAUUAAGCUGUACGAUAUGUGGGAGAAUAGGGGCGAAUUAGAUUUGAAACCUGAAAACAUUCUAAUGGAUGGGGAUGGUAAUAUCAAGAUAGUCGAUUUUGGAAUGGCGGCCUUACAACCUCAGCACGAAUGGCUUCAGACUUCUUGCGGUAGCCCACAUUACGCCUGUCCAGAAGUCAUCUCACAACAGCCGUAUCGUGGUGACCUGGCAGAUAUCUGGUCCGCCGGCGUAGUUUUGUACGCUAUGCUCACCGGCUCCCUCCCCUUUUGCAGCGACCUUGCGGACGGAGAACAGAAUUUCACUGAAGUCAUCUCGAAAGUACUGGAUUGCGAUUACGAUUUCCCCGAAGGUUUACUAUCAGAGCAAGCUGAGGAUCUUAUCAUCCGCAUAUUGCAGCCCGAUCCAGGUGAGCGAAUGCGCAUUCGUGAUAUGUGGAGGCACCCACUUGUCAAAAAGUACGAAGGGCUUGACCCAAUGGCCAGUAAUGGGAAGCCAUACAUUGGUACCGCUCCUCAUUUGUCACUCCUCGAAUGUGGAUCGACAAUGAGGUACAGAAGUCAGAUCGACAAUGAAAUAUUACGAAACAUGCGGAACUUGUGGCAUAGUGUGCCUGAAACUGAGUUGGCUCAACGCUUGCUGAGCAAAGAACCAAACCACGAGAGGGUCCUGUAUGCUAAGUUACAACAGUUUCAAGAUCGGCUGCUAGAGAACUAUCAAUCGACGGAAGUUGACUACUCGACAAGUGACUACCACCAUGUGACGCAGCCACCAAAGCGAUACUCAUCAACAAUGCCCACACUUGGGGAGAACCCGCAACAUGCCUCUCGAUUCUCGCUCCUUCAGCCGGGGACCUACCACUCUAGAAGGACUAGUAUUGCAAGAACUGAGGGAACAGAGGAGAGUUAUGAUCCCUUUCGACCAUCGCGGACUCGCAUCGCAAAGACUGCAAGUGCAGACUAUGCUCGUAUCACUGUUCUUAGAAAUGCUUCUCAAGCGUCCUCCCGUGUUCCGUCUUCUCGCAAGUCUUCAAUGCGCAACCCAGUGCUAGACAAACUGCAAGAGGAAGACAGUGCAAGUGUGGGAAGCCUUCCUAGUGCUGGGGGAACUUCAGGCCACGAUUAUUUCCAACGCAUGGCCAGCAAUCAACGGCGCAUCUCUCAUGGACACUCUCGAGUUUCUAUCAUGUCAAAAGGAUCUGCCACAACAGGCUCCACAGUUACAGUGUUCCGCAAAUCGAUAAGCUCAACAAGACGAAAUGUCACGUUUCCGCACCAGCAAAGGCGCCAGCUGAGUGGCCCAGGCCAGCGAAGACUCCGAAGCGCUGGAAGCCAACGCUCGCCAUUCUCAUUACAUCAACAGUAUCUACAAGGGGAGACUACUGACGCAAAAGCUGCGAAGGCUCCAAUAGUAGAUGAAGAAACCGGUCAAAUCGGCAUCCACACAUCCCCUCGCAGGGGCCCACGAAAACACGCAAAGGUGCGAUAUCCAGGGCGAAUAAGAAUGUCUAGUCAAAGCUCGAUAAGUGAUGCCCGCAAGGUCAGUUACGAACUUGCUCAAUUGAUUGAUGAGACAUGGAACCGAGAUUCAAUGACCUCUGCAGUGACUGAAUCUACCCCUGUAACUGGCUUACGAGGCUCCCAACAAAGCAGCUAUGCGUCACCUGCAACGUCGAUAUCCAUAAGCGGUCUAGCGAGGACGUCGUUGCAACCCUCCGGACUCAGGACUUCCGUGAAUCUUCCACCAAAGGAAUACAAAGACCGCUCACUGCCCCCUUCGCCGCCCGAGAAGUCUGUAGAAAAUGACAUCCUCACGCCCAAUACAAGACUUGACAUCGCGCGAACUAGAGAAGUACUGAGGAGGCGUGCUAGAGACUCGUCAAUUCCUCCAGGCUAUCUUGAUGCAGUGAUCGAGCACCUCGAUAGGUUGAUGCAACCAAGCACUGUGAGACUUGCCGAAGAACAACGAAGAGCUGUCUCCACUCCGGAGGCAGAAGACGGCAUACCGCGUAAGGAUACCUUUGAGAAGUUAAUCGGAACCCAUAUCGGCUAUCGCACGAGAUCGGAGCCUACACAAAAGCAUCAGGACUGUAAACGAAAAUCGACAAUACGAAUCGUGGACGAUGGGACGGACUACAAAGGGCUCUCGCCUAUCAAACCUUUGGCCAUUCGAAAGAAAAGCAACGCGUCCACGCGGUCGUCAAGCUCUGGGUCAAAAAGUCCGUCACUGCGAAACAUUGCUUCAGACGAGCAGCGGUAUUUGGGAUCUCGUGUGCUUGAGAGCCAAAAUCUUGAUGCAAUUGAUGAAGAAGAUAAGGAGAAUUUCGAUCCAGUAACACGGAAUAGCUAUCCUGGUAAUACGUCCAAGAAGCGCCAUUGGUUCCGUCGACAUCAAUAUCAACCCUCUAGAGACACCGACUUCGCACCACCGCUGGUGCCGAAAGAUGAGCGACCACUUUCCGAUCCAUCACAACUCCCCGGAAACUCUCAGAUUCUUGGCCUAAGCAAAGAAGAAACAAAGCCACGAAAGCUUAACCCUAAGAAGAGCUUGCUUAAGCUGUUCACGCAAAAGAACAAAAGUAAGGCCUACCUCGCAUUGACUAAGCCAACAGACUUUGGUAUCAAGGACUCGGAUGGUCAAGAGAGCGAUACCUCAUCAACUGACCGCCCAUCUUCACGUGAUCCUCAACGAAGAAAUAUAAGCUCAUCGACUGUUGUCCAGCACAAGAAACCCAAACCAGACGUCAGCAAAUCAUCCCUCACAUCACCCCGCGAGAUUAUUCCUCAGCCCCAGAAUUGGCUCGCUCGUCUCCUAGGCAUCAAGCCCGCAACACGCGUCUUAUGCUUCCAGAUCUCUCGCAUGCGCGCUCGCCGCGAGAUCUCCACCCUUUUUCACUCGUGGAAGAAGUACGGCCUGCGUAAUAUCGUGAUUGACAAGCCUGCAUCUCGCAUCUGGGCUCGUGUUGAUGCUGAGAAUUCUUUGAACAUCCCCCCUAUGAGACUGGCUUGUGAGGUACAUACAGUCCUUUUCAGGGGUGGCAAGGCGAAUUUGAGUAUCGCGAGACUAGUGCAGGAGAAGGGCGCUAAGAGUAGCUUUCUGAGGGUGUUGGAUGCUUUGGAGGAGGUGCUGAGGGGGAAGGGUGUUUUGGUGGAGGAUGUGGGUUUGGUUGAAGAGGUGAGGAGGGGGGUUGGCUUUUGA